AUUAAAGUCAAUGAAAGACGAAGUUCAACAGAAAUGGUAGGUAAAAAAGAAGGGAGAAAGGGUACUAAGUUGGGCCGAGCCGGGCCGAUGACACCCAAUUUCAAGCCCGAAUUUACUGUCAAGGCCCAUUUACAUCUACCCUAGACCCCCAAAUCAGCCCGACUCCGAUUUCAAGCUCUCCUCCGCUAGGGUUUUCAGUUCUCCGAUCCAUUUCUCUGCAUUCCUCAAUUCAAUUCCAUUUUUGCUGCUUUCCGCAAGAUGGAAGAUCCGAAUAACGAAACGGAUUUGGAAAUAAACUACAAUUCGGAAGCGAGCAUGGGGGACAAACGAAAACGAGACUCGAAGCUAAGAUCGAAAGUAUGGCAGCACUUCACGAAGAUCACGAGGGAAGACGGCCGGUGCGAAAAGUGCCAGUGCAACCACUGCCAGAAGCUCUUCACCUGCUCGAGCCGGAGCGGCACCACCCACCUCCUCCGCCACAUCACCGACGGAAUCUGCCCCGUUUUCAAGAAAGACAGCAAAACGCUAGCCCUCUCGAAUUACGUCAGAGGAGGCGGGCCCUACGUCGUCGGUCAAUCGUCGGGGGGCCCUCAUUGCGCUGACGUCGAUGUCGAAUUCGACCGAAUCGAAGACGAGUACCAAACGCCGCUAAUGCACAUUGUCGGGAAGCUUCCGGAAGCUUCCGUGCCGAGAUCACCGCACUCGAAAGGUGAGGCGUGGAUGAACGAAUUUAGAGGGUGCGUGGCGAAAUUGGUUGAGCUGGCGAAUGGGAAGAUUCCGGUGGGGUCCAUUCAAUUGUCGGGGGCGGGGGUGGUGGCCCCCGAUUACUCGAUAUCGGCGGCUUUAAAGUGUUUGAACGAAAUGGAGGAUAUUCCGCAGUCGAGCGAGAUGUAUUUGGAUGCGUUUGAGAUUUUGCAGGAUAUCGGAGAGAGGGAGUGCUUUAUUUGUUUGCCGCCCGAGCCGAGAAGAAGGUGGCUUCAACGGGUGAUGCAUCGAAGGCAUCCUUUGCGGUACGGUUCUAACAUCUAGAAAAAAUCGAAUUUUGUAAGAAAAAAAAAAACUUGGAGAAAGAACAUGUGUGUAAUAGUAGUAGGUGUGAGAUAUGCAUAUAGCUUUCUUUCUUUGUUACUCAUUAUAGUUUAAUUUGGAGAAGUGUUGAUUUUAUGCACUAAA